AUGGAUCCAGUCAAGAGGUUGUCUUCGGGGUCGAUUUACGCUAGUGAUGUUAGUGACGAUGGUGCUGCCACCGAGUUGAUGGAGCAAGCGACGUACAGAUGCAAGUAUUGUCCAAAGACUUACUCCAAUGGACAAGCAUUGGGUGGUCACCAAAAUAUUCACAGGAGGGAUAGAGAGAUCAGGGAAAGACAACAACGGGCCAUGUUUGCGAAUAUGAACCAGCCGGGUCCAUAUCCAUAUCCAUAUCCAUCUCCGUUUCCUAGCCAGUACACACUCCCGCCAGGAUUUGAACAGCGCCGUUACAUCGUUGAUGGACCAGAUAAUCUAGAUGUGGUCUACAACUCAAGCCAAGGCCCAUAUCAAUCCGUCAUGGCCCAACCCCACACUCAAUCAUUAUUGUCAGCAUCGUCACCCGUUUGUUUAGACCUUUGUCUAGGUGUUGGAAGUAGCUCACAAGACCAAACGCAAACCAAAGAACCAAACGAUGAAACAGAAGAGAUGGCUACUGAGACAGAAGAUCAUGACCUUUCCCUUUCUCUCUCACUCAAGCUGUGA